UCGUGCCUACACUCUAGUUGGGCUGGGCAUCUUUCCCAGUUCUGCUCUGUAGGUCCGGGUCCCUGCUUGUCUUCCUUCUCUACCGCCGGCAGCUUAUCGUCAGCGACGGCAGAAAGAGCGGCAACCGCUGCGGCGUCUUUCCCUGCCCUGCAGGAGCCCAGCAGCCCCAGCAGCAAACUGUGGCGGGGUGGGAGGGGCAUCCUGGAAGCAGCAGCAGCACAGCAGCAGCCGCCGGCCGACAUGGGUCUCGGGCUGGGUUGGUUGCAGCCCCCGCCGCCGCGUGCCGUAGCUCCCCUGAUUCCAAACCGGUCUCCCGCCCCUUGCAGCGGAAAUUAGGGGGAGGACCGGGUAGGGGGGUGGCUGUGGCUGCCGCUGCUAUCGCUGCCCUACUCAUGUGAGAGGGAAGGGGGAGUCGCUCCCACCCUGCUCGGUCCCUGCACCCGCCCCCCCGGCCUCCUGCCCGCCCGCCCGCCCGCUGCUUCCUCUGGCGUGCCCAGGCCCCAAGCGAGGCCCCGGCGUCUCCCCUUCCCCGCUCCGAUGAUGGACAGGAACUACCCGACAGCCCCCACCUUCCCCGACCCGCUGGCUUCGGUCGCCGCUGCCGCGUCUUCGCAGCCCGCCACCGCCUGGGCCUACGAACGGGGCGCCAGCAGCCUCAAGCCCAGCUUAAGCUAUGGAGGACAUCCAUCAGAAACCGAUCUUCUUCACAGACAAACAUACACAGCUUCUCAUCAGCUUCCUGCAUAUGCUACCACACCACACCCUACUGGUCUUUCUGGAAUUUUUGAUAACACUAUGCACAGUGGCAGUAGCAACACUAAAGAAACAUCAGUUAUGAAUUUUCUUACUGCAAUAGAUUCCCGCAAUGCUCAGGCAGUUUCUUCAGGAACUACUCUGUUACCACAGUUCAGGGCUCCAACGUGGCAGCCAGGUAUGCAUUCUUCAACUGAGCUUUUUGUUACUGGAGCCUUGCCAGCCUCUGGAACCUUUCCACCAACUUCAGCUUAUCAGCAUCCCAAUGCUUUUAGCAGUAGAAACUUUGCAACCACUCCCUCUCUAACACUUCAAGAUGCAACUUUCAGUGCAACAUCAAAUGGGCUUCUUACUGCUCAUGACCCUUUACUGCAGAUCAAGACAUCCCAAGGCACAGUUCCGACUGCAUUGACAUUUGAGCGCCUGGGCAGUUCUGUGUUAAGUACCAGCAUACCACCACAGUCUUCAACGUAUCGCUCUGCUCAAGAGUCUGCACCCCAUCUCUUGCAGCCACAGUUUAGUUUGUUGCCUUCGUCACUUGGAGGAGCUCAGCAGGCUCCACAGGUGUAUAGUUCAUCUCUGUUUACUGGUUCCACUUCCUCCAUUGAAAGAGCAUUGCAGCGAGAAUGUAGUGUUAUUAAACACCAUCAGCGGCCUUCAAGCACACAGUCUGUUCAGGCACAACUGACUGGUUCACAGCAUUCCUUACACAACUAUUUAUCAAAUGCAAGUGGAACUGACUUCCAGGAUACCUCUCGGCCGUCAUCCCUAUCUUGUAGCCCAGUUGGCGAUACUACUCAAGUGAACAAUGGUGGACCACAGCCGAAGACCUCUCAAGUUUCAGUGGAACUUGCUCAGUCGUAUUCAACUGCGAUUCCAUCACCUGGUUUCCCAUCUGUUUCCACUGCAAAGGCCAAACACUGUUCUACAAAGCAGCCACCAAGGUCAACAAAGACUCCUAAGCCUCAAAGCAUAGUCCCUACUAUGCAGACACAAAGCUAUUCCAAAACUGCACAGAGCCAGAAUUCUGUAAUAGCAGGUCAAGCACAAAUCUAUUCUACAGCACAACUCCCAAGUCUGUUGUCAGUAAGCCAAUCACAAAAUUAUAUUUCAACACAGUCACAGAAUGUGCCAUCUGUCAGUCAUGCACAAGCAUUCUCAGCCAUCAAGGUUGAGAAACUACCUUCAUUGUAUAAAACUCUUGCUUUUUCUGGGCAGUCUCAAGCUAUUACUUCUGAUAGCCAGACACUAAGUUAUUCUUCUGAUCAACCGGUAUUGAGUUCAGUUCCAAAUGAAAACUUCUCUGGGCAAACAAGAGAUCUCUCUUCAGAUAGCCAAUCUCAGAAUUAUUCUUCUAGUCAUUCUCAGGGUUUGUCAACAGUUAGCCAAUCACAGGCUAGCUAUUCAUCUCAAUCACAAGUUUUGUCAGUUGUUAGUCCUUCAGAAACAUAUACUACAGGGCAAUCUUUAACAUCACCAUCUCUUCCAUUUUCUUCCUCUCAUGUUCAGAACUUGUCGGCCUCUAGUCCUCCUCAGAACUAUAUUUCUCUGCAUUCUCAGGCACAAGAAUCGUCCUCUCCACAGUCUCAGAAGUUUUUGUCAGUUGUCCAGUCAACUCCCUUUGCAAUGCCAGCGCAUUCACAAGCAUUGCAGAACAACAGAAAUUCCUCAGAUACAAAAUCUUACAUUAAAAGGAAAACUGAGUCUAACUUGUAUCAAACAUCGAAACAAGAUGAUCAGUUCUCAGUGCAAGAUUUACAGGCAUUGCAGCCACAAGCAGCUCUUGAUUCCUCCAUUCAAAGACUAACUGAUGGUGAAGUUGAUGCUCAGGAUACAACUUACAAAGUUUCCAAAGCAGAUAAUCGCUAUUCUCAAAGUGUAAUCAGGAGUAACUCUCGUCUUGAAGAUCAAGUUAUUGGACUUACCCUUCAGGGGUCGAAAAAAGAUGAAAGAAUAGUUAGUUCCAUGGCACAGCUUACCCAACAAGUUGGCCAUAUAACUAAUGUAGUAAGCCGUGAUAUUAAAAAGGCAACUAACAUAAUGCAGGCAAACCAAGUAAAUGUGGAUGCUAAAGAACUAAACCAGCAGCAUUCUCUUCUGCAAAAGGUACAUGAAGCAGGUACGGAGCAGCAGGGCCAGAUCAUUAGUACACCACAACUACUUCAAGCCCAGGCCAUAAGGCAUGGUAAUCAGCUGUGCUUGACUAGUGCACAGGUACUUUUAGAAUCUGCCUGUGACUUACAAAUGCUUCAGCAAUCAAUACUACAUUCGGGUUUAGGGCACACAAAAGCAUCCCCACAAGUGCAGCGAAUUCAGAGCCCUCAGCAAGUGACUCAUCAGUUCCUUCAGGUGGAUGGUCACAUGAUUCAGAGUAAUGGAGGGCAUUCCCAGCGGCAGCCUCAUCCUCAAAACUCUGAAGUUCUGAAAAUUGACAUCUCUGAACCCUCAAAAUCAUUACAACCACAUUUGAUAUCAAAGGAUAAUUUUGUGCAGUCAAAUCAUGAAUCUAAGAGUCAGUUUGUUUCCCUUAGUUCAGUAUGCUUUCCAGAAUCUAUGCUUCUCAGUGAUGACAGGAAUAUACUGUCAAAUGUUGAUGAUAUCUUGGCAGCAACAGCUGCAGCUUGUGGUGUAACUCCCUCUGAAUUUGCCAAAUCAACAUCUAAUGAAGAAAUCCCGUCAGUUGAAAACAGAGACAAUGCAAAGUCUCAGUUCCAAACAAUAGAUGUUAGACAUAUGACACCUAGCUUCAGCUCCUCACCAACGGUUGUUGGAAAGCCACUGAGCAUGAAUAAUAUUUCUUUAAAUGGGGGCCAGGUUACCCUAAACUUAACAGCAGUGUCUGCAAUGCAACCAAAAAGUAUGAGCCUUGACCAACAACACAUUGAAGCUCCUGAUCAAAGCAUUCCUACAAGAGUUGCCACGUCAGAGCUUGAGCAAAGGCAGGAACAGGUAUCCAGCUUAGUUAAACAACAGUCUGGUAUCAGUAAAGAAUCUGAAGGGGGAAAUGAAAUGCAUAUGGAUGGUACAGUAAAUGUAAAAGAUGCAGAACUUGUUUCAAGUGGUAGGUCUCUAAAUGAAGAGAGAGCUAUAUCAAGCAGUGACUUUAACAUGGAUACUGACACCACUUUGGCAGGAAGCAAGACUAAAGUUCCAGUACAACCAAUAUCUAUGCAACAACCAGGAGAUGAAAAUGGUAGCAAAACUGAAGAAGAGAAACUAGAUUUAUCACAAGAGGACCUUCAGAAACAAAAGGACAAACAACAAAAUCAAAUUAAAAAUGUCAAUGAAGAUGACACAAAUCAGAAGCAACUGAAGCGAAGUGGACAAUGCAAACGUCAGAAUUCAAGAGGAACAGAUGCCAGCUUGCCACAUUCUUCUCCUGUUUCUGAAAGCUGCUAUGAAACUUACCAACAUCAAGAAAAAAUGAGGCAGAAAAUCAAAGAAGUGGAAGAAAAACAACCGGAAGUCAGAACAGGAUUCAUUGCAUCUUUUUUAGAUUUCCUGAAAUGUGGACCCAAACAACAGUUCUCAGCUCCUGCUGUACGUGUGCCUAAUCGUGUGAGGAGACCAGUUACCCCAGUCAUUAGAACAUCUUGUCAGCAUCCACUUUCAAAACCUCAGGUGGCAGCAGCUCCUUCAUCUCUUGAGGGCAGUGUUGAAAAUUCAAAUAAAAAGAGUAAUGAAGAACCUAUGAGAAAGGUGGAAGCAUUACCUUCAUUUUCUUCUGAUGAAGAUUCUGUAGGGGGUAACCAGGAUCUUCAAAAGAGCAUCACUUCUGUGUUAUCAACUUUGGACCAUACUUCUGAUAAAAAGAAAAAGUCAGAAUUGCAAAAGACUGUUUCUAAUACCACCACUGAUACUGUUGCAAAGAAGGAAUCUUCUACUACUACUACUACUCCUGUAGCAGAUCCUCAGGUGAAAAUCUGUUUAGCACAACCUGAAAAUGACAAUGUUGCUGCAGAUCAGUUAGCAAAACCACAAACUGCUGCUGCAAUAGAAGGAUAUAUUGAAGAUGACAAUGGGGACAGUGGAGGUGAGGGCAUGUACAGAGAACGUGAUGAAUUUGUGGUGAAGAUCGAAGAUAUAGAUUCACUAAAGACUGCUUUAGAAAUGGGAAAGGAACCUCCAGCCAUUUGGAAAGUUCAAAAAGCUUUGUUGCAAAAGUUUGUUCCUGAAGUGCGAGAAGGACAGAGAGAAUUUGCAGCUACUAACAGUUAUCUUGGGUACUUUGGGGAUGCAAAAUCAAAAUACAAACGUGUAUAUGUGAAGUUCAUAGAAAAUACAAACAAGAAAGAAUAUGUCAGAGUGUGUUCCAAGAGACCAAGAAAUAAACCUUUACAGUCUACAAGGACUGUACAUUCUAAGCUGAGCACUAGUGUCAACAAAGUCCCCGAUCCUCCAGCACCAAAAACUACAACAGUAGGAACAAAAGGUUCUUUAGUGAAACCCAAAGCUAAACAGCCAAAGAUAAAGGCUGAACCACCACCAAAGAAACGGAAGAUCUGGAAAGAAGAACCCCCCUCUUCUCCUCGACACCAGAGUGACAAAGAAGACACUGGACCUCCAGUUCCCUUUGUUGCUCGCUUUUUGAACACCAGAGCUAUGAAGGAAACAUUUAGGAAUUAUAUGGAACUGCUUGUUAGCAUUGCCUUGGACCCAGAUACAAUGCUGGCAUUGGAGAAGAGCAAUGAUGAGCUGCUCUUACCUCACAUGAGAAAAAUUGAUGGCAUGCUGAAUGACAAUAGAAAAAGGCUGCUCUCAAAAUUACGCUUGGAGCGCUCACUCAAGGCUGCUUUGGAAAGCUUUCCUGAACUGACAAUCACCCGUGAUUCUAAAACAAAAGCUGGUGUGAGUGCAGUUUCUAGAAUCAAAAUGAAUGGAAAAGCUUAUAACAAGAAAACACUGAAGAUUUCUAAAGCAACCACUAAACUAGCACAGGAGUUUGCUGUAGAUCCAGAAAAAAUACCAUUGUGUUCUUUGUAUCACUCACUCCAUCAUUACAAAUACCACAUGUUUCUGAGGUGUAAAGUCGAGAUUUCUUCUGUCCAAAAAAAAAAUGGAGAUCUUGGCCAGGAGGAAAUUGUACAGCGAUGCAUGAAAAAUAUGAAGUGGGUGGAAGAGCUCUUUGAGAAGUUUGGUGAACUUUUGAAUCGUGUACAGCAGAAGUGUUCAUAACAAACAUUGCCCUAUAUCAAACUUUUUUCUACAUCACUCAUUAAAAGAACAUCCCCUGAAAGCUCUGAGAAGCUCUACUUAAUCUGAUCAUGAUAGACUUGGUUCUAAGUCAGAGAAAUUUGUAAUAGUCUUGGUUCUUGGCUUCUGAUAAAGAAAAAUUUUGCUGCCAUGCAAAUAGAACUACAAAUGAACCUCGUUGCAUUUUUAACCUGAAGAAUGAUUUUUCUAUUUUGUAAACUCUUCUAUUGAAAUAACUUAGGUUUAUUUUUGACAAAUGAUCAAAGCAUGCACUAAAUAUAUAUAUUUUUGGCUAUGAUGAAAAUAACCCAUACAAUAUCAUGGCUUUUUCUGACUCUGAACACUAGAAAGCGUCUAGUGGGAAGCUAAUAUUUACAUUGGUCUAACUUAUCAAGUAGAGUCUUACAGAUUUUGCCAUCAGAGCGUGUGUGAUAUUAAAUUCUACAUAUGAAUAAUCACCAUCACAAAUUCAGAAAUGUUCUACUUUAUGGACUCCUUUUACUGCUGUUAUGUUCAGGAGACUGAACAUGGAGUUGGUGCAAUCCUAUGACUGCUAUUUUGUGUCAAAUUAUAAUGUAAGGAAAAAUAACCUUAACUACUUUCCUUGGUGGGUUUUUUGUUUUUGUUAAAGAAAAAUGUAUUUUCCUUUAUACUGUACUUUUUUCCUCUGGAAAGAAAUCAAUUGUACAUUUUAUCUCACUAAUAGUUGUAUUUUUCACAGAGAAAAUAUUGUGGCUUAAAAUUGUUUCAUGUAUCUUUUGUAAUACACUUCCCAUCGUUUUCAAAAAUUAUUUUCAUUUUAUAUGUUAAUUUCAUAUUGUAAACUAUAUAUCAUGAAAUAAUCCUUUUGUUUUAUACAGGUUUGCUUCAGUGUUAACCAGGAAUAAGACAUACUAGACUUUAUAAGUUUGCUUUAUAAGUGUAGUUGUGUUUGGACACUGCAUUUUAUUUUCUGAUACAUGGAAAUAAAUUUCUUAGGAAAAUGGCAUGUUUAAUUUAAAGUUUAAAUGAAUUACUACAACAUUUGUCUUCUGGACAACAAAGAUUUAUGAUUGAAUAGGCUGUAUGCAGUGUUAAACACAGCUGACAUGUUUUUUAGAACUGGUAAUGGCAGAACUGUUAGCUUCUUGGUGCCUUUUCAAAUCCUCAGACAUACUUUUGUAAUUGUCUUUCUCCCCUGAGUUAUUUAGUAGGACCAGUAGUCCCACAGACUACAAAUAUGUUAAUCUCAAUUUAGUAAGAAACUUCCUUCGUUUGCCAACAGGAUGCCUUACCUCAGUCAUUGAUUCAAAAUGUGUAAGUCUUCUGCUUGGAUUUGAGAAAAGGCUGAACAUAUUGUACUUUCAUCACAAAUAAUAUAUAAAAAUAAUUCAUUUGUUCUUUCACUGCCACUUAGUGCCUUAAUUUCAGCCAAGAAAGCAGGAUUCCUCAUUCACUAGCCAACCAGGAUAUUCUUGUAUGUAGCAUGGUGUAUUUUCCUUAGUUGUACAUAUGUUCAUUGCACCUUAGAUUUGUAAAAUAUAAUGAAGGGCUGUGAGAACGAGUAAUUAAACUAGGAUUUCAAAAUAUCAAAGGACAGCAUUUUGAUCUUUAUCUCUGUUACUGUGUUGGACAACUUCUGUACAUUUAAAGGUUUUUAUGUUGUUGGAUGCGAUACUCUUCACUUCAUUUGUUUGAGAGAGAGAAAACAAAAGAAAACUUUGUUGGUAUUUGAUGAAUUAUUGUCUGUCUUAAAAUUUCUUCAUACUCCAGUUGCCUUGAAAAUCCAGAUUGUAUUACUGUGACUGUGUUUCCACAGACCCUAUAGCAGAUUUAAUGGUCUUGAUAAGGUGUUAGGACUGCAUCUUGAUCAUCGGCCUAAAAUCAAAAGCCCUCACAGAUCUGUUCUGAGCCAUACUAAACUUUCAGAUAGAAGCGAAUAUUGCUGGAUCAUCUCGAAAACCUUGAUAUACACAUAUUCCCUGGAACUAGAUAUACACCUUAACCUUUCCCACAUAUCUUACUUUUAUAUCUUCGAAAGCAAGAUUAGAAAGUUCCUUUCAUUCAUGUCAUUGCAUUCAUGUGAUAAUUCAUAUGAUAUGAUAGGAGAAGGAUGUGGAAGAGAAGCAGAGUUGGCAUUUUUAUUAUUGACUUUGUAACUAAAAGGCGGAGGAAAAAUUAGUCACUAAUGCGUCACAUUUCCAUGGAAAGUUAUUCUACAAUUAACAUUAUCAUUAUAACCUUAUGUAGGAAAUAUAUUUUAAUAGUGUGUGUGUAUACAUCAUUAAAAUUUAGGUGAAUGUGAUUGGCUCAUUUAAUUACAAAUGAAGUUAAAAUUUGCUAGCCAUAUCUCUUUCAAAAGAUGGCAAUCUAAGAACAUAAAUAGUUGCCCCAAAUUUUUAAAAAGUGAUAUUCCUCUUUUUUUAUAAGUGAACUCUUAGAGGUUUAUUUUUUCAAGCAAGCCCUCAAACUUGGCUUUUAUGCCAUUAUUAUUUCUAGAGCAACUUGGUUUGGUUGAAUGAAAAAACUAGGUGUUGUACUAUGCCAAUCAUUGAAUAUAAUUUCUGCUUUCUGUUUCAUUCCCAAGGGGAUAGAUGGAUAUGGAACAGCUGCACAACACUAUGGCAGUAGAACACAAAAUACUCUUCUGUCUUUUGGUAGACCAAUGAUCUUCAAACCUAUGUUUAGAGAACCCUUUCCAUAUCAACUUGUCUUGAUGAACAGCUGCAUGUUUGUCACGGAACUCUUGUACAGUGUACAGUCUUGACAGAGCACCGAAUAGGCCUGCUAGCACUCAUUGCCACAUGUAAAUGAAGAGUGCACCUUAGAACACACCCAACACUGCCUGUGGCUGUGCGAUGCAGGAAAAGAUCUGGAAUGGUGGGCUAUGUGUAUUUCAGGCACAAUUGUCUACCAUUUAUAUUUUCAUCGAGGAACCCUUAAUAAGCUUCCAGGAUGCCCCCAUACUUUCUCUGAAAACAGCUGAGAAGGCACUGAAUAGAUGGUCACCUCUAUUGUGGAUUUGUUCAAAAUGUGGCAGUUUUAGUAAAAUAAAAUGCUAUUUGUGUACAACAAAAUGGAAGUGAGCAUUUUUAAGUUUCUUAGACUAAUUAUUGAAAGAAGUACGUUACACUCACCGUCAAAAGACUAAUUCCUGAACUGAACAUUCAGUAAUCAAAGAAAUAGAAUAAUUACAAAGUUACCUGGAAAAUAAACAGCCAAUUACUCACAGAUAAGUUUCUAAACCAUUUAGGAUAACAUUUAGUAGUUGGACAAUACAUAGCCAAUUUAUAACUGUCGUCUAUUUCCUUCCUGAUCCCUACCAGUGAUUAUCAUUGUAGGCUCAAGAUCCUUUGGAGGACCGGCAGCAGUCUCACAUAACUACAGUUCUAGAGGAUUGGGGCAGCUGAUGCCUAACCUAGAUAUGCUAAAAUCAUUGGGACUUGCUUCCACUGUAAUGUAUGUAGGAUUGGAGGUAGCUGAUUUGAUAUUAUACUUAAGCAGGUAUUGUACAGGUAAGAUUCAGACAUGUCUCUGCAUUCCCAUAAGAUCCCUCAAGAAUAUGGAACUGAUUUGUGAUUUUCAAAUGUUCCAUACUCAUUAAAGCUGUCACUGACAGCAAACAUUGUUGCACACAGUAUAAGACUGUACAUUAAACUGAUUUUCAUUGCUAGUUUGGCAUUCCAACAAGCUUUUGUAUUCUGUGAAAAACAAAUCUCUAAAGCCAUGUGUCUUCUAAAUCUUUUUUUCCUUUCAAGUUUCUACUUGUAUCAUCCAUGAUACAACUGGAUUGUACAGCCUUCUUUGCCAGGACAUUGCAUCAUUUUCUGUUGUUGCUUGAAGUAAUAUAUGUUUAAAAGGAAAAUCAUAAACUGUCUUCCAGUAAACAGUCUUCAUAGAGGAAAUAUAUUUUAAAUAUUUAAAAUUUUACUACUAUUUAAAAUAAUUUAAAAACCAACAAGCCAAAACUCUAGGAAAUCUAAAAUAUCAGUGUAUAGUGUCUUUGGCUUCAUACACUAAUAUACUUUUUUUGUAUAUUAAAAAGUGCACAUUUUUCUAUAUAUCCUCAUAUUUAAGUUAAUGUUCACAUGUCAUUCACAAUGCAUGGUAAUACUUGUCUCAUCUAUAUAUUGCAAAAAUUUAGGCUAGGACUAAUAAGAGAUCGUAUACUUUUUAGUCCAGCUUUCAGGUGGUCCAUAAUAAUGUACAGAGUUAUGAAAGAGUCACAACUUUUUGUAAUGUUGAUUUGAUGUUACUAAACUCAUUAAAAUUAAAACACUUUUUCAAAA